AUGUCAUCUAUCUCAAAACGAGGUAGAUCAGAUUAUUUCAAUAGGACAACGCCACCACCAUCAUCAAGUGUUAGUGACACCGAACAUUUAUUACAACCAAAAAAUAAUGAAUUACCUCAGUAUUAUAGUAAAGAUAGAUAUGUUGGUCGAGGUGUUGGUAUAAGGAAUGGAGAAAUAGGUGGUGGAGAACUUUAUUUUAAUAAUCCAUUUUUAUUACACCAAAAUUUAAUAAUGCGAGAACGAUUUAUAAGGCGAACCUUAAGUUUUAUUAUAUUAGCAUUGAUAAUUAUCUUCUUGACUUACGUUUGGUUUUCACCUCUUGGUACAUUACGAUAUUCUAAUCAUCAUCAUCAUCAUCAUCAUGAUCCCUCUCCUCCUUCCUCACCUCAACAUGAUAAUAAAAAUAACAAUGAUCGAUAUAGACAAUAUUAUAAUUACAAUCCUUAUCAUCAUCAAUCUUCAAAUGAAGAAAUACAUCUCUAUCGAAUCCUUGGAAAUGAUUUACCUCCUCGUCAUAAACCGGGUCAAGUCUUACAAAAUUUAAGAUUUGUAUUAGAAAAUGAAUCCCAUUUUUAUAAUACCAAGAAAUGGUGGAUAUUAAAUAGGAUAGUAGAUUCCGAUUAUGAGGAUGCAAUUUUGGCUUUGUUGAGACGUCAUAAUCAAGAUUAUAUUAGAAUACCUUUCGAAGAGGAAGAAUAUUUAAAACGAGAUUUUAGAUUAGAAGAUUUUCCGGAACCCGAUUUCUUUCAUUCUUAUGAAUAUAUGAAUUUUUCUAAAGUUGCUAAAUUGAGAACAAUUGAUUUUACUUACCAUUAUAAAAAUCUUUACGCCAUGAAUAAUAAUGCCGGAAGAAAUGCAGCCUUACAACAUGGUCAAUCACAACCUAAUGCCAAAUGGAUAAUGCCAUUUGAUGGAAAUUGUUUUUUGACAGUGAAUGGAUUUAAAGAAAUUAUACAACAACUUGAGAAAUGGGGUAAAGAUUAUAAAUAUUUCGUCGUACCAAUGACAAGAUUAUUAAAUAAUACGCACUUAUUGGUGGAACCGGAUAAGAAACCUCCUACUCCUGAAGAAAAAUAUAAUGAAGACAUGCGUUAUGGUAGAAGAUCAAAGUUGGAAAUGUUAUGGAGAUUGGGUGUCGAAACUUCACCAUUCAACCGUUUACUUGCCAUUCAAGAUUUUUUAGAUGGAAUAGAUGAACGAAUUGCUCGUAUCAAUCAAGGAUUUGAUUCCAACCGUUUAUCCUUAUAUAAUGAAAAAUUACUUAAUGCGGCUAGAUUAGAUUAUUGGUCUGGUAACCCGGAGAUAGAAAAAAUUGUUAAUAUCAUGAUCGAGAAAGCCAAUGGAAUAUCUCUUUAUAUAUCAAAAUUAUAUAAAAAAUCAGAUAAUUCACCAUUUCAUAUAAAAAAUGAUUUAUUACCCGAAGGAUUUCAACGUGAUGUAUUUGGUCAAUACAUUUUUAAUUCACCAAUUUCAAUACCAAAUGUUUCGACUUCAUUAUUAUUUGAAAACAUCACAACUUUAACUUUAGCUUAUCAUUUUUCUGGUGACAGUCAAUAUUCUCUUUGGGCGGCAAAUUUAAUUCGUACAUUUAUUCUUUCAUCUUAUGGAGUUAGUGAACAAGAUGAACUUACGGUAACAUCUUAUAAAGAUGAUUUGGAUGCUGUAAAUGAUGAAGGUUAUGGUUUUCCACAUUUAAAUAAAAUUCCCAGGAUGAUACCAAAAUUUUUUGAGAAACCACCACAAAAAAAUAAUAAUGAAUCAUCAACGUUAUUAUUCCCUUAUGAUUUAAUUGAUACGGAUCCUAGUCAUUUUCUUGAUGCUUGUCGAUUACUUUAUAAAUCAAAUACUUUAACUCAUAAAGAAUAUAUUGAUUUACAACAAUUCGCUUCAAGGUGGUUAGAAUAUUUAAUUAAUUCACCGGAAGGUAUAUCUCGAGCUCGUAGACCGGAUCAUCAAGGAACUCUUUAUGAUUUACAAGUUCUUUCAUUAUCCGGGUUUACUAAUGAUGUGAGACUUUAUCUUCGAAUAUCAAAUCGUUUAAGGAUGCGAAUUGGAAAACAAUUUCAUAUAUCCAAUGAUGUUUCAUCAUUACCUACAAAAAUAUCUCAACCUUAUGAAUCAAUUUACGUUAAUAAACAAUUCGAAAAGAUCAAAGGUUAUAAGAUUGAUGAAUCAAAAAUAAAGGAAGAUUUCUUAAUUUAUGAAAAUGAAAAAUUCAAAUAUUCCAAUUUAAAUUUACAAUAUUGGAUGUUAAUCACGAGAGUAAUUCAAAAUGCUGAAAUUGGUAAUGACCUUUGGAAUUAUAAAUCGAAAAAAGUAUUGAGAUUUUCGAAAAUUGUGAUGGAACAUUUAAAUGAAUUUUCAAAUCGAAAUAGUAAAUUUGAAUACUUUAGUAACCUUAAUUAUAAUGAUGAUCAUAUUAGUAAUAGUAAUCAUAAUAGUUCUAAGAAUGUAGAUAUAAUCGAAGAGAAUCACGUAAUGGAAAUCAUGGAUAUGAAUGAUAUAUUAAAACCAUUGGUUUAUAAAGCUCAAGCAGCACAUGAGUGUAAUGAUAAAAAGUUAGGAAUUUCACAUGAAUAUGGUGACGAACAUGAUUAUUUUCGACAAUAUUUAAAUAAAUUUAGUGAUAAAAUUGAUCUAGCGAAAGGAACUACCGGCAGUAGUGAUCCGGGUAAUGUCAUCGCGACGGAAAAAUUGAAAAGAGACAAAUUAGAUUUGCAGUUGGGAUUAGGCAAGAAAUCAAGAGAAUGGGGCAUACCACCAUUUUGGAUGUUUGGAAUUGCUUAA